AAUUGUUUACUGGCAACGGAGAAUGAGUUUAAAUGAGUGUAUUGGUUAUUUGGACAAAAAUUACGCCAAACUACCCGAUAACAGAGAGAUUCAAGAUAUCCAAAAGGCCAUAGAGGAAACAGUUUCCUUGCUGCUUUUAAAUGUGGCCUCUAAUGAUCCAAGAUUCGAAAGCAAACUUGAGCCGUCAGGUAGUUUUUACGAGGGUACAAAAAUCAAGCAAGCCGAUGAGUUCGAUUUUAUGGUGUGCCUUUCCAAACUUGCGGGAAAAUGUGAUGUAGUUUAUAAGGAUAGAAAACAGCGUUACAUCUUCUUGCGUAUUCCAACUCUUGACGAGGAUGAAAUACGUAAUUCAUGGUCAGAACUUUGCGAGGAGGUACACAAUGUUGUUGAUCCUUUCGACACCGCUCCCACUGCUGAUGGCCACACCUUUCUUUGUUUGGACGGUAGCAUGCUGAAGCAGAGGUUUUUUUCCUUGUUAAGAGAGGCAUUUAAAUCGAUAACCUGGCCUUCAAAUAUAAAGUUGCUUUCUUCCACUGGUCUUACCUUUGAUCGGUUGAAAUUAAGAGGAGCCAUGCAAAUUGCAGCCUCAGAAAAAGUAGAUCUUUUGUGGAAAGAUCAUCUUAAGGUGUCUGUAGAUUUAUGUGUGGCUGUAGAAUGCAAAGGAUGGCCUUUGCUGUCUGGAAUGUUUGACAGUUUAAUUGAUGAAGGUCAUCCAGCCCUCUUGAUCAAAAAUAAAAUUAAGAGCUCAGGCUUUCAUGCAGUUACGAAGGUUGGAACUAUUUGGCGAAUUUCUUGGUCCAGAGCAGAGAUAACUAUGCUGAAAUAUAUUUUCAGUGAAAAUGAAAAAGCUGCUGUGGUUUAUCGUGUGGCAAAACUGAUUAAUGAAACUCAUUUUGUCGAAGCUUGUGAACACACAUCUAUUUCUGCUAGUAUAAGCAUCUGUGACACUUUUUCUCUGAAGCAUUUACUCAUGUGUUACUUCAUGUCCAAUUUCUUAUGCUGUGAAAAAGACUGUGGUGAAAUGCUCUUGGAUCUUCUUCAUCUUCUACUGGAUGGUCUUACUACUGGAAACUGCCCCCUUUUGUUUCUUAAUGAUGCUAGUAGCUUAAAAAGUGGACCAUUACUUCAAAGUAAAGCAGUGGCAUUAAAACAGUGUAUAAACAAUCUGCUCAGUAUGCAAGUAGCAGACAUUUCUCAAGUAUCAAAGAUAAGCAACAAUUUCUUUGGUGGGAGAAUACCUGUGGUAGUGCCCAGUCCCCCAAGAAAGAUCAGGAGUUAUAAAAUAACUAAGAUACCCUAAAUGUAAAAUGAUAAUGAUUACAGGGAUCAAAAAUCUCCAUGCAAGGAAGAUGUGGAAUCUACUCAUCAUUAGAAGUAGCUGAUGUCAGGGAUUUAAACCUCUGGAUAUCAAUAUACUGGUUACUUGCUGUUUCCCUGCAUCCUGCAUUCUUUGAGAUGGGAACACUCUGGAGGAUCAUCUGGACUCUCCAGGGUUCAUGUUUAUCAUCAUCCACUUAACAGUAUGCACUGAAUGGUUGGCAGAAAACUAAAAGUCCAAAUGGUGUGGGUUGAUUUCAAAAUUUUAUUGUCAAU